AUGUCAUCCACCUCCAAGUAUAAGCCAUAUUCGUGUAUAGGCUGCUGUAAGCGUAUCAAGACCAGUGAACGAAGACCGCUUUAUGGAAAUCAGGCUCUUCGAAAAUUUUUGUCAAAGAGAUUUGUGAAAGACUUGAGCGAGAAUGACGUAGUGUGUAACAAAUGCAGGCAACUCUACUACUUCUCCCUCAAACAAGGCUCCAAAAUACCAGAAGUCCAUAAUACUGAAGACAAGGAAAAUGCUGCUCCACUUGAUCCUGUGACACUACCAAUUCUGUCCACUGGAUAUCGGCAUGACGCUUGUGGAAUAUGUGAAAAGAAACCACGUAAACUUGUUGUCAUUCCAGAACAGGCCCGACUUGAGAUGUUUGUACAACUUGGUGUGUUCAUGAAAGAGGGUUCCAGAUGUUGUCCUUCUCAUAUUUAUGGCGGACACUUGACAUCAGAGGCGUUGAGCUACGGAGUUUCCGAGAGAGUUAGAAAAUGUACCUCUCUCAGUAAUGAUAAUUUAAGGAAUCUUCUUGACAGUUUAAGAAACUAUGCGAAGAAAAAUGCAUCCACUCGUCUGGAUUUCGAUAGCGAGACCUCUCUUUCUGACGAGGAUUAUCGCAACCUCACAGGACUCACACGGGCGCAGUUCGAUGAUCUGAUGCUUAAUGUGGAGGAUAUUAAGACAUCCAAAUCCAGAAGCAUCCGCACCUGUGUUGCCAUUUUGCUGAUGAAACUGCGAUGUGCUCUAGACAACAAAAUGCUGGCUACCCUUUUCAAUAUGAAAAAGUGGCAGGUACGCAGAGCUGUUUCCUCAGCGAGACGCUCCCUCAUGAAGGACUUUGUGCCACAUAACCUGGGAUUUGGCCAUAUUUCUCGAGACGACGUCAUACAAAAGCAUACGAGACCUCUAGCACAGGAAUUGUUUUCGCCUGGUAUGACAGAAACCCCAGCCUUGCUAGUGUUGGACGGAACCUACAUAUACAUCCAGAAGUCUAACAAUUUCACCUUUUCCAGACGUUCCUAUAGCCUACAUAAACAUCGCCCUCUUGUAAAGCCCAUGAUGGUUGUCACGACAUCCGGAUACAUUGUGUCAGUCCUAGGACCAUAUCUGGCGGAUUCCAAAAACAAUGACGCAGGUAUUCUAACCCACAUGAUAGAAAGAAAUGCUGAAGAGAUGAGAAAUUGGUUACAGGACGGAGACACAUUUAUAGUCGACCGUGGCUUCAGAGACAGCGCGGACAUUCUGGCGGACAUCGGGAUUAGAAUGGAGAUGCCAAGUUUUCUGAAAGGAGCAAAGCAACACUCCACUGAGGAGUCUAACAGUUCCAGAUUGAUUACGAAGGUGCGUUGGGUUGUGGAGUCCGCCAACGGACGAAUAAAGCGUUGGAAAUACCUUGACCGCACAGUAUCCAAUAAUCAGAUUCCAUUCAUAGCAGAUUAUGUGCGUAUAGUAGCUGCAAUUUCCAACAGAUAUUGUCCUCCAUUGAGUACUGGAACCGACGACGAUCAAGCAAUCGCAUUGAAAAUGCGUCAUUUGUCACAGAAGGGAAAUGAGCUCAGAGAGCUCGUGGAAAGCGAGGGUUGGGACAGGAGGCCUUCCCAGUGGAAAACCCUUGAGGCAGAUAGUGUUGCCUUAGAUUUCCCUAUUCUGUCAGAGGAUGAGAUUCGAAAUAUCCCAUUAGGAACCUAUCAGGUCAAGAUGGCCAGAGCAUACACGCAUGAACAUUUCCAAGAAGACGGUGCGUAUGAUAUUCUUAUUGCAGAAGAUAAACCAAACAUCAUUGGGGCAAAAAUACAAAGUCGUCACGUGUCGGCCAAAAAAUACCUUUGUUGGAUUCGCCACAGUGAAGGAGUCAUUAUAUCGUGGUACUGUAAAUGUAAGGCUGGGUCCCGUGUUGUAGGGUGUUGUGCACACAUUACCAGCGUGCUUUGGUAUCUUUCCUUUGCGCGUCACCAGUCUGAACCUUUGAAAGGCGUUCGAAACUGGGCGGAUCACCUUGAAGACGCUGCACGUGUUGUUGAUGAAUCGGACAGUGGUGCAGAGAGUCCGACGGAGGAAUGA